AUGUUCACUAACCAUUUGGUAGCCUCCUAUUGUGCAUCCAAGGGCGCAGUCAGUAGUCUUACGAGACAAGUGGCAUUGGACUACGCACCCCACAACAUUCACGUCAAUGCCUUGUGUCCCGGCUUCAUUCAGACUGCAAUAUUAGCGGAGGCUCAAACUGGCCUAGUUUGUCAGGAGGCGCUCAAGCGACGACACCCUCUGAAGGGACCUGGCUUACCGGAGGAUGUUGCUCGCAUGGCUGUGGUGCUAGCCAGUGAUGAUGCCAAUUGGGUCACUGGCGUAUGCCUUCCGGUUGAUGGUGGAUAUACCGCUCGUUAG